AUGCCGCCUUUUUGUAACAACAGCAAUGAUGUUUCUGCCAAACCGCCAACCGAUAAAUUGUCAGAGCAACUACCAAAACCACCUCUGACAGGCCGCUGUCAAUGUCCCGAGGAUCCCGUUGUCUAUAACAUCACCUCUGCACCACAUUCGCUCAACGUGUGUUACUGUCACGAAUGCCAGCGUCAGACCGGAUCCGCGUUUGCUUUGACUCUAGUUGUUCCGUCUACAGGCGUCAAGAUGGAGAACCCCAAGAUGUUUGCCCAACUUCGGAAUUUUGAGCGCAGAACAGAAUCGGGCGGAAUCCGAGGAGGCGUCUUCUGCUCCAAUUGCGGCGUUCGACUCUGGCACUUCGACCCAGCGAAACCCGAAUGGACGAGCGUCAAGGCCGGAACGCUGGAUCAGAAAGUGGACUUUGGAGCUGCACAGCAUAUUUGGACAAAGAGGAUGUUGAAUGGCAUUGUUUUGCCAUCAAAAGCGGAAGCGCACGAGGAGGAACCUGAUUCGGGUCCUGUUUAG